UCCCUGCUGCUGCUGCUCGCACCGACCCUACCGGCCACCGAUCCCGCCGGCGAGGCUUGCCGGCCCAGGAUGGCCGCCAACUUCUGGGCGUCGUCGCACUCCAAGCAGCUGCUGGACCCGGAGGAGGUGGACGUGGUGCCGGCGGCGGACCGGGAGCGGGGCAUCACCACCGAGGAGUUCCGCCUCGUCAAGAUCCACAUGUCCUCCCAUAUCUGGCGGUUGGCGCAGCAAGUGAAGGUUAGGCAAAGAGUCAUAGCAACUGCCAUCACUUACUUCAGGCGUGUUUAUACAAGAAAGAGCAUGACUGAGUAUGAUCCUCGUUUGGUAGCACCGGCUUGUUUAUAUUUAGCAUCAAAGGUAGAGGAGAGCACUGUGCAAGCAAGGCUGCUCGUCUUUUAUAUCAAAAAGAUGUGUGGUCCUGAUGAUAAGUACCGAUUUGAAAUUAAGGACAUCCUCGAAAUGGAAAUGAAGCUCCUGGAAGCACUGGACUAUUAUUUAGUAGUUUACCAUCCAUAUCGUCCUCUUUUACAUUUAUUGCAGGAUGCUGGCAUAACAGACCUGACACAGUUCGCGUGGGGCCUUGUCAAUGAUACUUAUAAAAUGGAUCUUAUUCUCAUAUAUCCUCCCUACAUGAUUGCAUUGGCUUGCAUAUACAUUGCAAGUGUUCUGAAAGAUAAGGAUACAACUUCCUGGUUUGAAGAACUUCGUGUUGAUAUGAAUAUUGUGAAGAAUAUUUCAAUGGAAAUAUUGGAUUUCUACGAAACCUACAAGGUUGACCCCCAAAGGGGACUCUCUGAUGAAAAGAUCAGCCCUGUGAUGAACAAGUUGCCAGCAAAGGCCUAAAGCAGAUUUUUAUCUGGUCGUCUAACCACCAUGCAUCCAUGACUGGAGCAGGUGUGUGGCAGCUGGCAGCAACGGUAAAUUCAACAGCCUGAUAUUGGAAGUGCCCCACUGGAUCUGAUCAUGAUAUCUCAUUUCAGAAUGAAGAAACCUAUGGUAGAGAAUUAGUUUGGAUGCGCUUGUAUAGUUGCAGUAGUCUGUAAUACUAGACACUAUAUUGUACAAAACUCAAAGUGGUUUUAUUUCAGUGUAUCCCUGCUUGUUGAA